AUGCAAAACAAGAAACCGAACGAAUGGAGCGGCGACUCCCCUGUGUGCAUUAUUAAAAUUAAGGGAAAAACCAACGUCCCCAAAGAGCAAAACUUCCACUGCGGGAACAACAACGCACAAUUGUGUUUGUGUAAGACCAUUCUCACCCGUUCCCCUUUUGAAGAAGCAAAAAUGAAGAAACUCCUAAGCGUUGUGCUUUACUUUUUCAUCCUACACAAACACUUAGAUGCAAAAAGUGGAAAUCUGAGAACCAGUGAUGCCAAAAAUGAACAAGUUGAAAAAAAAAAUUUUUCGAAUGGAUGGGUCCCUUACUAUUUACCCCAAAAAGGACAGACUACACCAAUUGCUCUCUUGGCUGCUCUUCCAGAGAAAACGAUUUUUAGAAAAUCAGACAACAUGAGAAAGGACAUGAAAGAAGAAGAAGAGGAAGAAGAAGAAGGAGGUGAGGAAAAUGUGAGUAGUUUAAUCCAAUCGGGUGAAGAGAACGAUGGAGAUUUUCAAUUUAGGCUUCAAAUAGUGGAAGGUGCAGAAGACUCGACAGACACGGAGCUGGAGGGGGAAGGGUCCUCACCAGCUGAUGCUGUGCACAUGGAAGUGCCAACUGGUGAGGUGGACAAUUUGGAGAAGGGGGAAGCACUGCUCGAACAAGUUGAGGUGCAUACAGCUGAACAUGCAGCGGAAUUAGUAGCAGAACCGGUGGAAGAAGAACCGAUGGAAGAAGAACCCGUGGCUGCCCCCGUUGAUGAGGAACCUCAAGCCGCAGACGAUGAAAAUGGAGAAGCGCCAGAGGAAGCACAAUCUCUGCCGGUGCAAGAAGCCGACGAAGUGUCAGUUGAAGAGGGGCAAGAAGGGACACCUUCGGUGGCUGAGCAGACCGUAGAUGAGAGUGUGCCUAGCGAGCCUGAAGAUGUAGCUGUGCCUAGCGAGCCUGCAGAUGCAGCUGUGCCUAACGAACCUGAAGAUGCAGCUGUGCCUAGCCAGCCAGUAGAUGAGAGUGUGCCUAGCGAGCCCGCAGACGCAGCUUUGCCUGAGCCCAACGAAAGCAAUGGCAGCGAAGUCGACACCGAGGAAGAAGAAAGCGGAAAAGAAAAUUUUUACCAUUUAGAGGAAGAUGAGGAGGAAGAAGAGGAAGAGGAAGAAUUCGAAGAUGACUAUGACAACGUAAUGCACAAAAUAAAUGAGCACGAAGGAGAGACUCCUUCGAAUGAUGGUCCAAAGAAUUUGAACAGAGCAGAUAUAAUAACCAUGCUUGCCGUGCGAAACAUGUUAAGUGCGUUAAACUAUGACUACGCAGUUAUGGAUUUCCUCACAGGUUUUAAUCCUGACGUGAUUAGUUCGAUCUACGUGUUUUGA